UGACAGCCUGAAAUGUGGACGCUGCAGACGCGCAACCCGGAUUGACUUUGUUGUCAUUAGAGUUGUUCCAGGUUUCAGUGUCAUUUUCAGCAUGGGACGCAAAGUUACUUUAGCGACUUGUGCCCUCAAUCAGUGGGCUUUGGACUUUGAUGGAAACUUGGACCGGAUAUUAAAAAGCAUUGAAAUAGCCAAAUCCAAGGGUGCAACAUACAGACUUGGACCAGAAUUAGAAAUUUGUGGCUAUGGCUGCUCUGAUCACUUCUAUGAAUCCGACACACCGCUUCACUGCUUCCAGGUUCUGGAGGAGCUGCUUACAUCUCCUGUCACCCAAGAUAUUAUCUGUGAUGUUGGAAUGCCUGUGAUGCAUAGAAAUGUCCGCUACAAUUGCAGAGUGCUGUUUUUGAACAAAAAAAUUUUGCUUAUUAGACCCAAAAUGAUGUUGGCAAACAAUGGCAACUACAGAGAGCUGCGCUGGUUCACCCCCUGGAACAAGCCAAGGCAUGUGGAGGACUAUUUCCUUCCCAGAAUGAUUCAGAGAGUGACUGGUCAGGAAACUGUGCCUUUCGGAGAUGCUGUUCUUUCUACUAAGGACACAUGCAUAGCCAGUGAAAUGUGCGAAGAACUUUGGGCUCCAAACAGUCCCCAUAUCAACAUGGGCCUUGAUGGAGUUGAAAUAUUCACCAAUUCAUCAGGAAGCCACCAUGAGCUACGGAAGGCAUAUGUGAGGGUGGACCUCAUUAAGUCAGCCACUGCCAAGAGUGGAGGGAUCUAUUUGCUGGCCAAUCAGAAAGGCUGUGAUGGUGAUCGCUUAUAUUAUGACGGCUGUGCGCUAAUAGCAAUAAAUGGAGACAUUGUGGCCCAGGGAGCCCAGUUUUCCUUGGAAGAUGUGGAAGUGUUGACGGCCACACUGGAUUUGGAGGAUGUACGUAGCUUUCGAGCAGAAAGCUCUUCCAGGAGCAUUUUGGCCAGUCAGUCUGAGACAUAUUACAGGGUGAAAGUGGAUUUUGCCCUAUCUGCUCCUUGUGAUUUGUUCUUACCAUCAUAUGAACCAAUUCAAUGGCGAUACCACACACCAGAGGAGGAAAUCAGUUUAGGCCCAGCAUGCUGGCUUUGGGAUUAUCUGAGGCGCAGUGGACAGGCUGGUUUCCUGCUGCCACUGAGUGGAGGGAUUGACAGCUCAGCUACUGCCUGCAUUGUGUUCUCUAUGUGUCGCCAAGUGUGCUUUGCCAUCCAGAAUGGGAACCAACAGGUCCUUGCUUAUGUGCGGAGGAUAGUGGGUGAGCCUGACUUUAUGCCUCAAAGCCCAAGAGAGCUGUGUGGCCGAAUCUUUACCACUUGUUACAUGGCAAGCGAAAACUCCUCUCUGGACACUUUCAGUCGAGCCAAGGAUUUGGCGGAGCAGAUAGGCAGCUACCAUUUAAAUAUAAACAUUGAUACAGCAGUGAAAGCUGUGAUGGGGAUCUUCUCCAUUGUGACUGGCAAGUGGCCAAAAUUUAGAGUUAACGGCGGCACCACAAGAGAAAACCUGGCCCUCCAAAAUGUUCAGGCCAGAGUAAGAAUGGUUCUGGCAUAUCUAUUUGCUCAGCUAAGCCAUUGGGCUAAAGGGAAACCUGGUGGUCUCCUGGUGCUUGGAUCUGCCAAUGUGGAUGAAUGCCUCAGAGGAUAUCUGACCAAGUAUGAUUGCUCCAGUGCAGAUAUCAAUCCUAUAGGUGGCAUCAGUAAGACAGAUCUGAGAAGCUUCAUUCAGUAUUGCAUCGAGAACUUCAACCUCAGUGUAUUACGCAGUAUCCUCUCCGCUCCUCCAACAGCAGAACUGGAGCCCCUGGCUGAUGGGCAGAUUUUGCAGACUGAUGAGGCUGACAUGGGUAUGACUUAUGCUGAACUCUCCAUGUAUGGAAAGUUGAGGAAGAUUUCCAAAUGUGGCCCCUAUAGCAUGUUCUGUAAACUCAUUCACACCUGGAGAGAAGCAUACUCACCUGCACAGGUAGCAGCGAAAGUCAAAUAUUUCUUCAGAAUGUACUCUAUCAACAGACAUAAGAUGACAACAGUCACACCUGCCUACCAUGCUGAGAACUACAGCCCGGAUGACAACCGCUUUGACCUUAGACCCUUCUUGUAUAAUACUUCAUGGUCCUGGCAGUUCCGAUAUAUUGACCAAAAGGUAUCUGAGAUCUCAGAUGAUGGUGUCAGCCAGAGUGACUCCUUAGACUGAAGUGUUCAGCUUAUCUGUAUAAUUGUAAAGUUUGAACUGCAUUUAUUCCAUCCUUGCAAUGCUCUAUUCUACCUCAGAAAGCAUCCAUUUUUCCUUUUCCAUUUGGUUCCAUGUAAACCAAAUUUCAUAAAAGCAGUUAAAAUGGCUGUGUUGGUUUAUUGCUUAAUUUUUUAACUGUAGUAAGUGGUAAAGCUGUUAUUCUGAAUAAUCCAGUUUAAAUAUGAUUAUGCUUGUGUGAUAUUCAGUAAUCUAAUAUGAACAAUAAUUAAAACACCUUGACUAAGAAAUAAAAUUAAUUUAAUCUGAAUUCAAACACUUGCUAAGCAGUUCACUCCAUUCUAGAAUUAAAUAAAAAAUGAUCCCUGGCUGUAA